CGUGACAUAGGCGGGGCGGGUGGCAGGCGUAUUGUGGUGGAGGGGCUCAGCUUGUCAGGUUUAACAAAGUACUGUGCAGAGAACCUGGAAGAGCUAAGCCAGAAACCAAGGUGUGAAUAUUGGAAAGGAAAGACUGCCAGAACAAUAGCUUUUAUAAAAGAUGUGCUGGCAAAAAUAAUUUUCACUAGUGGCCCUUGAUAAAUCUAGUGCCUUAAGAAAAAAGAUGGGGUUUGGAAGUGAUCUGAAGUAUUCUCAUGAAGCUUUGCUAAAACUGCAAGAUUGGGAGUUACGGCUAUUGGAAACAGUGAAGAAAUUUAUGGCCAUGAGAAUAAAAAGUGACAAAGAAUAUGCAUCCACUUUACAGAACCUUUGCAAUCAGGUUGAUAAAGAGAGUACCUCACAAUUGGAUUAUGUUAGUAAUGUAUCAAAGUCAUGGUUGCUUAUUGUGCAACAAACGGAGCAGCUUAGCAAGAUCAUGAAGACACAUGCAGAAGACUUGAAUGCUGGGCCAUUACAUAGACUUACUGUGAUGAUCAAAGACAAACAGCAGAUAAAGAAGAGUUAUGUAGGUGUUCACCAGCAAAUUGAGGCAGAGAUGUUCAAG